AGGCUCGGGAACAUAACGUGUUGCUCUGUGCUCGUAAUAAUGGAACGACGAAAGUUUGUUGGACUAGAAGUUUUUGCCCUGUUGGCGCUGGCGGCACUUCCAGAGCUCGCCCGCUGCCAACUGGCUGCACCGAGAGUCGUCUGCGCGGCCGAGGGCCGCCUGCCCGACCCCACGGACUGCGGCUACUACGUGGACUGCACAGAGAACAGCGACGGCAGCUACUCGCAGACCGUCAGCCCGUGCCCCGCCGGCACCUACUACGAUUCCUGCCAGGGCGACUGCAGCAAAACUCAGCAACCAUCCGUCUGUUCCUUUGCCUGUGACAAUGAUGGCAUUGCCGGAUUUCCACCUGAAAAUCCGUCUGUGUACUUUGUGUGUAACACCGCUGGUGUUGUACCGACCUUAACUGUUGCUAAGUGUCCUAGUGGUACUGCAAUCGGUGCUGACAUGACCACUUGCAUAGGUAUUGCCCCCGACUGUCCAGUCAAUAAUGAGUCGCCUGGGCCCUCUACAUGCAACGGAACUUAUUAUUACGGACAUGCGAAUAACUGUUCCGUUUACUACUACUGCAGUGGCCCAGGUGCGUCACCAGAAGCGACGUACUGCAACGCUGACGAAUACUUCAUCAGUUACAACCACAGCUGCACCAAGUUUCAGUGCACGUCGCAGGGAUUUUUUGCAGAUCCAGCCGAUUGUGCCUCUUUCUAUUACUGCGUUGGCGAUGCUUCGGAAGCGACGCAGCUUACGUGUGCGAGUGGUACUCAUUUCGACAGCUCGGCUGGAGGGUGCGUGCAGGGAGAGUGCACAACAGUCUGCCCCGGAAGCAGCUCGCACUUCACGUGCCCCUCCGUCGGCUUUUUCGCAGAUCCGUUGAACUGCAACUGGUACUACUACUGCGACAGCACGCUGCAAGCAUCGCACAGUCAGUGUCCAGACGGAAGCCACUUCGACAGCACCUUAGGUGGCUGCUUGAUGGGCGAGUGUUCUAGCACAGGAACAGACUUCACGUGUCGUUCCAGCGGCAUUUUCGCAGAUACGUCGAACUGUAACUGGUACUACUACUGCGACGGCAGCCUACAAGCAUCGCACAGCAAGUGUCCAGACGGAAGUCACUUCAAUAGCACCUUAGGUGGCUGCUUGAUGGGCGAGUGUCCUAGCAGGCUGGUCGGUAUGGGCCGGGAAGUUGGAGUGCGACCUCUGCGCUCUGUUUCUAGCCUUUCAUUACGACGUGAGGAAACCAAGAUUCCAUUCUGGAAUUCUCGCAAGGAGACAUUGCAGAUGCCAAGUCCAUAGACAUUAAGUAGUACCUGCAGGAUAGUUCUCAUUACAAAUGGAGUAACGAUAGUUUUUGUGACAGCUACUUAAGAUUAAUGUUACCAUCGCGAUAUGUUUGUCAAAUUUAUCGCACUGGAGCAAACAAAUCACCCUCUGCUCUAUUUCUCAAGCCUGGCUUCUUCUGAAGAUCCCAUUUACAAUCUGGCCUUUGUAAUGUAUGUAUACGUCCAUAUUAAUUACCAUUAAUUUUUAUUUGCCACAUGUUUACUCUCUGUUACCUCCGCACGUCCUUUCAUUACCACUACUAGUAGUUCAGUAUCGAUAACACUCUAGUGAUGAAGUUGUUAAUACCUACACGUUGGCAGCCAUAUAUGUAACAAUGCUCUGAAUUACUAACAAGACGAAGGCUGUGUUUUCUUGUAACGAUGUGCUUUUCUGUCAAUCAAUAAAAGCUAAUUUAUAUGAAUUACAUUCAUUAACUGUAAAACCCGUACCUGAGUAUGAAAUUUGUAAUGACAAUCAGACAACAGCACUAGAAAUGUAAUUAAAACAGUUUUUCUUUCCACAAAAAGUAUCUAGCUUGAACCACAGAUAGAUAGCUGGUCUUACCUUUUAUGAAACCUAUUCCCAAACAGUUAACGUAUUUUCGUCAUAUAUUAAGAUUAAUAAAACAAAAUAAUCUCAAGGUCAUCUCCCUCAGCUAUUAGUUCGAGACAAUUGGUGCGUUUCAUUACUAGACAAUGCAUGUUGUAGUUGACGAUGUUCACUGCUGCGCUUUUUGCACAGGAGGCAUGUCAAGCCACUGGCUGAUUAGUGUGUAAAGGCACAAAUCUAUAACGGGCAGGCAUUAGAGGCAAUGGUUGCAAGUGGUAGCCAUAGUGCAUGUACUGGCACUGUGUGACAAACCAGCGGACACUGAGAUACCUCACAUAGAGUCUCACACCAAAGUCUGCCACAUUAUGUUACUCUCCAUCCAUAUUCAGUAGACUUAGCUCUAUGUUUAUCACUGAACCCAAUCGGUCAGGUCUCGCGGUAUGAAUCAUUUGCUAACAACUUUCGUUCCUGUUGUCCAGUGACCUCUUUUCCAAUGCUAAAACCUCACUAUUGUCAAGUUUAUAAAAGUAUUCAUCUCCUGACUACUGUUUAGUUUACCGAUAACAAUAUAUAUCGGAAAUUUUGUGUUAUAUUAAGUCAUAAAUCUUCUGAGUUCGUUACAGUGGCUCAUCAGUUGUUCAAAUGCCGUUCUGAUCAACGAACAAAAUAUGCAAGGAGUCUCUAUCCCACA